CAGUGGACGGGGACAGCGCCCCUCGCAGCGCCGCGGAACGGCCGGCGGCUGGUCAGGAGCGCGCGGGCUCCUGGACCCAGAGGCGCAGGGUUUCGGCGCGCUCGGCGCGGUCGCGUCGCCCUCCUGACGCCGGCAAGCGGACGGUGCCCGGGGCGCUGCUCGGGGCAGAGCCGCCGCUGCCACGCCCUCCUCCCCCCUGCCUGGCGUCCUGCCGGCGUGGGUGUUGCCGAAGCCACGGACUCACAGGGUGGUGGUGGCGGCUUUGGCGGUGCAGAUCCGUGAGUAGGAGGAGCGGCUCCCCACCAUCCUGUCCUGGGGCUGUGACGCCUGCGGUGCGACUUCCUGCUCCCGCACCUGCGGGCGUUGCUGUGUCGAAUCCCUCAGGCAGGCGGCGUUUCUUGCUGGAAGAGACCUUCAGCUCCCAGGAGAGGCGGAGAGGUGAACUGGGCUCUGCACCGAAAGGUCCAGCCUUGAACUGCAUGGCAGCACCCCCGCUGGGCCUCCUGGUGCUGGCCCACCUGCUGGUGGCCCUCUUCGGCAUGGGCUCCUGGGCUGCCAUCAAUGGGAUUUGGGUGGAGCUGCCUGUGGUGGUGAAGGACCUCCCUGAGGGUUGGAGCCUCCCCUCAUACCUCUCUGUGCUGGUGGCACUGGGGAACCUGGGACUGUUGGUGGUGACCCUGUGGAGGCGGCUGGCCCCAGACAAGGGCGAGCAGGCCCCUAUCAGGGCUGUGCAGGCGCUGAGCGUGAUGGGCACGGCCCUGCUGGCCCCCCUGUGGCACCGAGUGUCCCCUGUGGCAGGGCAGCCCCACUCAGUGGCCUUCCUAACAUUGACCUUGCUGCUGGCCCUGGCCUGCUGUGCCUCUAAUAUCACUUUCCUCCCCUUCUUGAGCCACCUGCCACCUCCCUUCCUGCGGUCUUUCUUCCUGGGUCAAGGCCUCAGCGCCCUGCUGCCCUGCAUGCUGGCCCUGGCUCAGGGCGUCGGUCGCCUUGAGUGCCCACCGGCUACCUCCAACGGCACGAUGGGGCCUCCCCACUACUUCCCGGAACGCUUCUCGGCCAGUUCCUUCUUCUGGGCACUGACUGCCCUUCUGGUCAUCUCAGCUGCUGCCUUCCAGAGUCUCCUGCUGCUGUCGCCAUCCCUGCCCCUGGCACCCACAGGGGGGCCAGGUUCUCACCGUCGGGUGGGGGCCCCACAAGCUGGUCCUGAGGAGGGGGAGGAGGAGGAGGAGGCGGCUUUACCCCUGCAGGAGCCACCAAGCCAGGCAGCAGACACCACCUCUAGCACUGACCCCAAGGCACACAGGCUGCUGUCAGCCCACAGUGCCUGCCUACUAGGCCUGCUGACUGUCACCAAUGCACUGACCAAUGGCGUGCUGCCUGCUGUGCAGAGUUUCUCCUGCCUGCCCUAUGGGCACCUGGCUUACCACCUGGCUGUCGUGCUGGGCAGCGCUGCCAAUCCUCUUGCCUGCUUCUUGGCCAUGGGCGUGCUGUGCAGGUCCCUGGCAAGCCUGGCCAGCCUCUGUCUCCUGGGUGUGUUCUUUGGGGCCUACCUGAUGGCACUGGCGAUCCUAAGUCCCUGCCCACCCCUGGUGGACACCUCUGCAGGGGUGGUCCUUGUGUUGCCUCAGUGCCUCAGUGCCUGCGACCCCACACCACCACACUCUGAAUACCUGCACACUUCUCUGGCGAUCCUGGCACUCAGGCCAGGGUGGGGACCAAAGAGCAGGCAAGGUCAGGACAGCCCUGGCUGUGGGUCUGUCUCCCUCCCCACACUAGGGACGUGCUAUGAAAUGUGCACAAUAAAGCCUUUUGUUUCUGGAGAAGGAGUUAUUAUGAGAGAGAAACAGAUAAACAAAUGUUUGCACGUAUACUGGGAGUAGUGGCCCUGUCUGUCCAGCAGGAACCCCCAGCCUCCCCAUUUCCCAGGACCCUGGGACAACCUCUGGGGAACCUGGGCGGGGCCCAGCCAAGGUUCCCAGCCACCCCCAGGCUGCUCUUAGAGGUCCCGGCCCACUGCCUGAGCCCAGGACCACUUUCUUUUCCUUGGAGCCGCCCAAUGGAGAACUGCCUGGAGGUGGGCCGGAGGCCAGCUCCCAGAACACAGAGUUAGUCUUCUGAAGAGUUUUUCAGAAGCUCCCCCCCCCCACUGGGUAUCUCCUCCACAGGUGGCUCUGGAAGGUGGUGGGGGCAGAGCCAGCUGGGGAUGAGGAUCAUAUAGUAUGGAUGUAUCAGUUGCCUAGUGCUGCUGUAACAGGAAUACCACGAGUGCUUGGCUUUAACAAAGAGAAAUUUAUUCUUUCAUAGUCUAGGAGACUAGAAGUUCAAAUUCAGGGUGCCAGCUCCAGGGGAGGGCUUUGUAUGUUGGCUCUGGUGAAAGGUCCUUGUCAUCUAUCUUCCCUGGUCAAGGAGCUUCUCAGCUCAGGGAUCCCUGGUCCAAAGGAUAUGCUCCCCUCUCGCUUCUUCAUUCUUGGUGGUAGGAGAUUCCCUUGUCUCUCUGCUCUGUUUUGCAUCUCAGUUUGACUCAAAAUACAAUCUUGUAGAUGGGUUCUGCCUCGUUAGCAUAACUGUCUCUAAUCCUGCCUCGUUAACAUCGUAAAGAUAGGAUUUACAACACAGGAGAAUCACAUCAAAUGAGAAAAUGGUGGACAAUUACACAAUACCGGAAAUCAGGGCCUAGCGAAGCUGACACACAUUUUUGAGGGGCAUAAUUCAAUCCGUAACAAUGGGACUAUUUCACUUGGGGUCCUUGUCUCACAUGGCACUUGGGAAUGGAUGCUUACCUCUGGUGAUUUCGGCUAGGGUUUGGUGUGAGAUGGAGCUGUGCUAGGAGAUGGGCGAGUGGUACUCAAAAGAGACCGGGUCCUAUGGUGCCAGCCACCCAUCCCAGGACCCUCCUGCCCAAGAGCAUUCCCCUCUCCGGGGCCACCAGCCUUUCCAGCUUCCACAAUCAAGUCCUCAAACCCUUUACUCUGGCAAACUCAGCUGCCUUCUCCCUGGGCAGGUGGCCUCUGGCCCCAGGAGACCCAUCCCUGGCUCCAGCCCUGGGGUCAGCAGUCAGACCCUUUGAAUUUUGGCGUCUACCAGGGGCCUCAGCACUGGCCACAGCUGUCCUGGGCAGGUGGCCUGGUGCUCCUGCAUGGACUGGAAACACCUGGCAGAGGUGUGUGCCUGAACUGGGCAGGCAGAGCUAGGAGGGUCUUGGGGGGGCAUAUGCUGGGGGCGCGGGCAGGGGCUGGGCACUGUUGCCUCCUUUUGGCCUCGUGAGAGGCAGGUAAGAAGGAGAGAGUCCCAGAGGAGGCAGGACAGACCCAGGUUUUGAUCUGGCAUGGCACCCAGUCUCCACAGAUGAGGGAGGUGGCCUUGCAGCCUCAGCUGCUGCGAGUGGAGGAGAUGCUAAGGGAGGUGUCUCCUGCCCUGGCUGUCCAUGGUCCUCCCCAGGUUGUUCUGGUCUCCGGAUGCUUGUCCUGAACUUCAGAGACCUGGCCUUGACUUUGGCAGCACAUGGGCCUUUGAAAGGCUUCCUCUUCCUCCCCUUGUCCCUGCCUCCCUGUCUGGGCAGGACCAGCGAGCAGGAGGCAGCUCCUGCGGGAGGGUUCUCCUAGGCUAUGACCAUAGGAGCUCUGGUCUGGGGCAGGCUGGGCUCUGAGCUGGCUCAGACACAGCCCAGCUCUGGGUGGGAGGCCUCCGGACCACCUCCUCUCAGGAUGUUCCGCACAUGGGCGGAAGGGCUGGGGCAGCUUGACGAGACUGAGUUUUCUUCCUUUUGGAGGGUGGGCUUUGAAAGCAGCCCCCGGUGGUGAGCAAGGAGAAAGUCAGAGGCAGAAAGACUAGGGGUGGAGUCACUGGCACUGGUCUCGAGCAGUGGGGCCUCAGUUCCCUCGCUGAGCUGGCACCCCAGUCAUUUGGGGGCUGUUGUCCCUGCCCACCCUGGGAUGGGGCCUGGCAGAUCCAUCUCCCAGUACCCUCCUGUCCAGCCCUGUGGGUAUGGGUCCUCUGUACUGUGUGGGCGUUGAGCAGAUAGGUGUGGGCCACCUGAGGACCAAACGGUCUGCUCUCCUGGACGGGAAAGGCAGGUGGCCCUGACCCUGGGAGUGGGGCUGGGGCUGGGGCUGGACAGCUCUAGGGGCAGCAGGAGGGCUGUGGGAGGAAGGCACUGCCCUUUGAAGUCCCCACAGGCCUUCCUGUUGGUACCCGGCAGGAAACAGGGUAGGGUCAGAAUAACAAGGGGAGGAAGAUGAGGAAAAGCCAGGGCCUUGACAGCGACUCCCUGGGCCAGGCCACCAGGCCCCACAGAGCCCCUCAGAGGCAGGAGAGCCCACUGCCAUAGCGCCACCCCCUUGGAUCCAAGCACCUGCUGGCUAGCUGGGCAGGGCCCCCAACCUCCGGCAGGACAGCAGGGUGGCCAGUGGCCUCCAAUGCUCACAGCCUUCCCGCGGGGCCUCUCAGUGCUGUGGGACUGGGGUAGUUAGAAGACCCAGAGGGCAGGCAGCGGGCGAGACGUGACCUACAGUGCCUGACGUUCUCCAGAGGGCAGUCCCCAAGUUGGGCAAGGCCCGACCCCUGAAGCCACCCACUGCCCUGCCACAAGGAACAGGGCUCUUUUGGUUCCUUGAACUGGAAAGGGGCCACCCAGGCUGUGGCCUGCCACAGGUAACCAACCUCUUCUCCAGUGUGGCUAUGUCACCCCCAGACUGAGCCCACAAAGGCAAGGAAGGCUCACCUGGCUGAAUGACUGAAGGUAGAGGGCCUCUGUUCCCUCCAGUCCCAUGCCCUCAGCCCAUUGGAAUCCCAGGCAGGUGUGGGGUCUGAUGUGGCUGCAGGUGUGACAACGCCUGGUGAAAGAACAGUCAUGUACCUUUAUGUAGGCACAUCUGCUCAGAGCCCACUGCCUGUCAGGACAAUGGUUUUCAAAGGGCUCCCUCCCCUUAAUGGAAUUCAGAGGCGACCCAGGUUCUGUGGUGCCAGAAAACAGGGAUGUGGGAGCUGCUGGUUUAGACCUCUCUGGUAAUGUUGAGGGGUAGGUACAGGUCAUAAGCGAUUCCGGAAUCAGCUACACUGGCCACUUCUAUGCCCAUCUUGGGGGAGUUUGCUGCCCACUCCCAUAGGGCCACUUUGGCCUCCCCCACUCAAAGCUCUGGCCUCAUUCUCCCCACUGCACCUUCCAGGGGCUCAGAGGUCACUAGGCUUCUGGUGGGGUUGUCAAUUACAGGACCCCCCCUGCCCCUGCCUCCCCCCCAUAUGGAUGGCCAGUCUUGGUGCCCAUGCUCCCUGCUCACAGUGACUGAGCUGGGUGGGCAGUGAGCCCUCCAGAGCUAAUUAGAGUUCCCCAGGUAUCUGUCAAUGGUUGUCAGGCUUAAAAGCUGUAAAAACUAACUUCUCAGGAAGCCUACCUGAGAAGCUGGCAGCUCAGAGGCUAGCAGAGCCAAGAGGUGGAGGGACACAGAGCAUCCUGGCAUCGCCUGAAUCCAACUGUGUCUGAAACUAGACAGCGCUGGACUUGCCAGUUAUGUGGAUCACAAAUCUCCUUAUUUGUUUAAGCAAAUGUGAGUUGGUUUCUGUUUUAGUCAUCUAGCGCAACUAUAACAGAAAUACUGCAAGUGGAUGGCUUUAACAAAGAGAAAUUUAUUUUCUCAGAGUAAAGUAGGCUAAAAGUCCAAAUUCAGGGUGUCAGCUCCAGGGAAAGGCUUUCUCUGUUGGCUCUGGAUAAAGGUCUUUGUCCUCAAUCUUUCCCUGGUUGAGGAGCUUCUCAGGUGCAGGGAUCCCAGGUCCAAAGAAUGCGCUCUGCUCUUGGUGCUGCUUUCUUGGUGGCAUGAGGUCCCCAACUCUCUGCUUCCUUCCCUUUUAUCUCUUGAGGAACAAAAGGUGGUGCAGGCCACACCCCAGGGAAACUCCCUUUACCUUGGAUCGGAGAGGCGACCUGAGUGAGGAUGAGGGUACAAUCCCACCCUAAUCCUUUUAACCACAGGCAGAGAUUAUGACACAUAAGAAAAUCACAAAAUGGAAAACAACCACAGAAUACUGAGAAUCGUGGCCUAACCAAGUUAAUAUACACAUUUGAGGGGGGGGGGACAUAGUUCAAUACAUGACAGUUUCUUUCUGUGGCUCACAACUGAGGGAGUGCAGACACCCAAGCCCUCUCUGUUCCCUCCUUGAAGCACUUGGGACAGCUCAGACCAUUGGAGGACGACUUCUCUGGCUAGCAUUAAUUAAUAAUUUUAAUAGAACCUUUGACACAUGUUCAUUUUAUGUCUGUAUGACAGCCGUGAUUUUACUCUAUU